GCGCAAGAUGGCGCUGCUGUUUGCACGUUCCUUGCUCCUUUGCCAUUGGGGAGCCAAACGAUUGGGGAUUGCCGCCGCUGAAGCCCGGAGAGGUAUCACUUUCAAACUGGAAGAAAAAACCGCCCACAGCAGCUUGGCACUCUUUAAAGGUGACACAGGUGUCAAAUAUGGCAUAGUGGGAUUGGAACCCACCAAGUUGGGCCUGAAUGUGGAGCGCUUCCUGGACUGGGCCGUGGUGCUGGCAGACACAGCGGUUACCAGUGGCAAGCACUACUGGGAGGUGACAGUGAAGCGCUCCCAGCAAUUCCGGAUAGGGGUGGCAGAUGUGGACAUGUCCCGGGAUAGCUGCAUCGGUGUUGAUGAUCGUUCCUGGGUGUUCACCUAUGCCCAGCGCAAGUGGCACACCAUGUUGGCCAAUGAGAAAGCCCCAAUUGAGGGCAUUGGGCUGCCAGAGAAGGUGGGGCUGCUGCUGGAGUAUGAGGCCCAGAAGUUGAGCCUGGUGGAUGUGAGCCAGGUUGCUGUGGUCCACACACUACAGACAGAUUUCCGGGGUCCAGUGGUACCUGCCUUUGCCCUUUGGGAUGGAGAGCUGCUGACCCACUCAGGACUUGAGGUGCCCGAGGGCCUCUAGUAUGCCCAUUACUAGAGUCGCUAAUCAUGCUCUUGAUCAUUUUCUUGCUAAGGGUGUCUUUUUACUUUGCCCCAAGCAACCUCUAGCUCCCACAAUUCGGUAUCAGGUCCUCUGUGCAAUAUCUUAGUUAAUUUUUUCCCAAGGCUACCAUGGGUGUACUUUCUCUGACUUGAUUCCUUCAACCCCUCUGCCUCUUUGUGCCAAGGCCUUUCUCAUACUAUUCAGUUCUGAGGUCUUGUCUUGCAGCUUUGUUUGAAUUUAUUCAUCACUGUGACUCCUCUCCCUCCCUUUGCCCACAUGUAACUUAUGUUUAUUUUGGGGGGCUCUACUGAAUCUCCAAAGUAAAUCCUUUCUACCUCUGGCUGGAGGAGUGGUAUAGUGAUUUAGCCCUUUCUCUACAACAUAUAGAGUCUGGGCUCUGGCUCCCUCAGUAAGUACUUUAUUGACUCAGUGUUACAGAGUGAGAUCAGAGCCCUCCUUCCCCAGUACCUCAAGGCCAUAGCCCUUCAGCCCCUCACAGCUGCAGCUAUUCUCACCCUGAGUCCAUCCGCCUUAAUCUGCACACCUCUGACACCCGGCGAGUCGCUUACAAUCAUUGUGCUAGUUACAAACAUGACCACAAGAGAAGAGACAUUUGGGGGAUAUCUCAGGGAUUAGUGAUUGAAACUGUUUAUUCUUGAGAAGUUCCAUCUUUAUUUCUGCCACAGUUGGAACUUCUAGAGGGAGGAGGGAGGCCUGAGGUCUUGCGUAGUCCACUUUUGGUCCUGUUUAGACCCAAACUCCUGUCUCUUGGCAGCAAAAUACACUUAAAGCAGUAUUUGGGGUUAAGGAAAACUUUGUGGGUAACUGAGUAUGUAUAUGAACUAUGUAUUGUUUGGGCCCUGUCUGACCCUGUGGUUCCAUCUUAAUGCUACCUUCUAUGAUGGUGUUACAGCUGGAUACCCCUAAGGGAGAAAUAGAAGGGCUGGGUUUAGCAAAAAUAAUUAUUUGUGUAAUUAAAGUUUAUUUGAGCACAAAAUA